AAAGAAGAGGAAGUGAGAGCAGCCACGUUCCGUGAUGGAGAGUGUACGGGUGCUCGAGCUGUACAGUGGGAUAGGAGGGAUGCAUUAUGCUUUGAAAGAGAGUGGUAUACCUGCCCAGGUGGUGGCUGCCGUCGACAUUAACACCACAGCCAAUCAGAUCUACAGGCACAACUUCCCUGACACAGCCCUCUGGAACAAAACCAUCGAGGGCAUAACUCUAGAUGACUUCAAUAAAUUAUCUUUUGACAUGAUGUUGAUGAGCCCUCCAUGUCAGCCUUUCACCAGGUUAGGACUUCAGGGUGACAUCGCUGACUCCAGAACCAAGAGCUUCCUCUACAUCCUCGAUCUCCUGCCAAGGCUGAGCAAGCGGCCUCGUUUCAUCCUGCUGGAGAAUGUGAAAGGCUUUGAGUGCUCCUCUGCCAGGGAGCGUUUGGUGAAAACACUGACAGAAUGUGGAUACUCUUUCCAGGAGCUCAUGAUCUCACCCACAAGUGUUGGGAUCCCAAAUUCCAGACUGCGCUAUUUCCUGAUCGCAAAGAUUUCUGCAGAAAACUUCUGCAGCCAGAGUUCAAAGAUUUUAGAUGCCUUCCCACAUCUUGCUGCGAAUGAUUCCCCUGAGCAGCCCACAGUCUUGAAUCCUCCUCACCAAGAUAUCUGUCCACCAGAGGAGGAGCUGCAAGGGGGUCCUGUCCUCUAUAAACUGGAGACAGCAGAGGAUGCCCAGAGGAAGACGAGUCAGAACAGCAAUCUGUCUGUCAGGCGGAUCCAAGACUUCCUGGAACCACAGUUGGAAGCAAACCUGGAACACUAUCUCCUCCCUCCUAAAACCUUGCUGCGGUACGCUCUGCUGCUGGACAUUGUUCGGCCCACGUGCAGGAGGUCUGUGUGCUUCACCAAAGGCUAUGGGCGCUAUGUUGAGGGAACUGGCUCUGUGCUGCAGUGCUGCAUGGACACAGAGAUGGAGAGUGUGUUUAAAGCUCUGGACCAGUGCUCUGAAGAGGAGAAACUGCAGAGGCUGAUGAGACUGAAGCUGCGUUAUUUUACUCCCAGAGAAGUUGCUAACCUCAUGGGCUUCCCUCCGAGCUUCUCCUUUCCAGAGCAGAUCACGACCAGGCAGCAGUACAAAGUUCUUGGAAACAGCCUGAAUGUGUUGGUGGUGUCCAGACUCCUGCAGCUGCUGGUCUCCUAGCACAUGGGACACUCUGAAGGAGGACACCAUCCUGUUUGUCACUGUGGAUUUGAUCACACAGUGCUCUCUGCCCAGUGGCUGGGCUUCAAAAUGUACAGUAAAGUCUUCUUUUAAUUGGGGAUGUUAACUGAAAUGUUGGCCAAAUGCUGGACCAGUGAAGACUGUAAGAUAAAGGUUUCUUACAAUUCACUUCAAACAACUCGUCUUUUCAGCUGGACAUGUUUUUUUUUUUUUUAUAAAGCAUAUUUAUAGAUUUUUUAAAUGAUCAAAAUAAAAAAAAACCUAAGA